GAGUCCAGUUCCAUCCCACUCAGAUUUGUAUCUUUUAACCCUUGGGACGCAUUUGGAAAGUCACAAGUUGUCAACGGUCACCGCCACCACAACUACAACCACCACCCCCCCCCCCCCCCCCCCCCCAUUUCCUUGUGCACCGCCUGCCGUCACCAUGACGUCGGAGCUGGAGAGUAGCCUAACCUCCAUGGAUUGGCUUCCUCAGCUGACCAUGCAGGCAGCUAUCCGCAAGGCUGAUGCCCAGAAUGCACAUGGGCCAGGCAUGGGCAAGAAGAGCACCCUGCUGGAUCACAACACCACAUUGGAUCAGGAGGAGGUCCAGCAGCACAAGGACGGCAAACCUCCCUAUAGCUAUGCCAGCCUUAUCACAUUUGCCAUCAACAGUUCGCCAAAGAAGAAGAUGACAUUGAGUGAGAUUUACCAGUGGAUCUGUGAUAACUUUCCCUACUACAGGGAAGCAGGCAGCGGCUGGAAGAAUUCAAUACGGCACAACCUAUCAUUGAACAAGUGUUUUCUCAAAGUGGCUCGCUCCAAAGACGACCCCGGAAAGGGCUCUUAUUGGGCUAUUGAUACCAACCCAAAGGAGGACGCCUUGCCCACACGGCCAAAGAAAAGGCCUCGGUCUGGGGAGCGGGCUUCCACACCAUACAGCCUGGAUUCAGAGUCUUUGGGGAUGGACUGUAUGAUCUCUGGAAGUGCCUCUCCAACGCUGGCAAUCAACACUGUGACUAACAAGGUGGCAUUGUACAACACAGAGCAGGAAGGGAGCGAUAGCCCAAGAAGCAGCCUUAACAACAGCCUGUCUGACCAGAGUCUGGCCUCUGUCAAUCUCAACAGUGUGAGCAGCGUUCACAGCUAUACACCGGUGACCAGUCACCCGGAGCCUGUGUCCCAGUCCAUGAGCCUGCAGCAGCAGGCCCCCCAGUCCCAGUACAGCAUGCCAGACAGAGACAAACAGCUCCUGUUCUCGGACUUUGAAAAUCUCAGUGCCUCUUUCCGCAGCCUUUACAAGUCUGUUUUCGAGCAGUCGUUCAGCCAUCAAGGUCUGAUGGGGAUGCCAUCGGAUUCCUCUCAGCAGACCCACACCUCCUGCUCCUAUCAGCACUCCCCAAGUGGCACCAUUAACACUCAGAACAGUCUGUCUAACAAUCAGCCCAACAGCCACCCCAACAACCACUCCACCACCGGCGGCCAAGUGCCGCUGUCACACCCUGCCCAAGCCCACCCCGGCCACGGCUCGCCCCACGCACAGCACCUCCCCCAGCACGGCGGCCCUCACAACCAACACAGCCAGCACAGCCAACAUCCACAGCAUGCCGCACACUCCCAACACGGACAUCACCCCUCACAGCACCCGUCCCACGGCCAGCCCCAGCAACAACACACACAGCACCCGUCCCAACACACACAGCACAGCCAGCACCCCUCUCAACACGGGCAGCAGCACCAGAGCCUCUCCCACCAGACCCAUCCCACCCAGCAGCAGAUGGCCUGCAGCACGGGACUUCUGUCCGACUGGUGCCCAAACGUGGAUGCACUGAAAGAGACGUGUCGCAUUGCCAGCAGCUUUAACUGGGCUGAUGUUGACCUUUCCCCCUUUCAAGGGUUGAAAGAGAGCAUGAGACAAGCUGAUCUGAACAACUGGUGCCUUGAACCCACCCAGAUCGCCGACCUCUGCUCCUCCAUCAACCAGUUUUUCACCCGAACUGGAGUGAUCCCGCCGCAGGGGGCAGUGCAGCCCCCUGUGUGCCAUGGCUCCAUGCACACCAACAAACCCAGCCAGCACCUCAACGCAGGAAAUCUGUAUGUGGGCUCAAAACCAAACAUGCCCAUGACGGGUCCUCCGGGAUAUCCCCACAUGCCCCCCAUGAGCACCGCAGGACCCACUAUGACGGGACACCAUGCACAGAUGAACCAGCAGCACAUGAUGCCUAGCAGAAGCUUCCAGAUGCAUCGCAUGCCACCUGAUGACGCUCCGGAUGUUGAUGAGUUUGACUGGGACUCCAUUGUCUACUAGAACCUCUUUUUUUUUUUUGUCUCAAGUUGAAAAGAGGAGGUGGAGGUGGAAGCCUGAAGAUACAAGGCGGAGCUGGAAGCCUGGAGGUGGAGGACGCCACUGUUCCUUGCAGAAGAAUAUUUGAUACACUUUGGAGAAAUGCAAACUUCAGUCCAGACAAUUUUACAAAAGCAAAGCGUAAACCAGACAUUAUCACUUUGAAGACAAUCAUGUUUAGUUGGACAUGUAAGAGGCCGCUUCAAAACGUCUGUCGACGUUUCAGCUCCAAACCACACACUCCUCAGCCAGCCGUCCCCUUAACCCCCCAGCAGCCCCCCCCCCCCCCUCCCCCAGCCCCCUGCUCUGUGACCGUUAUGUGGUUUGAGCUUGUCAUUUUCCUCGUGUCAACAUUGGUCUCGACUGCCUCUUGGAUGACUAUCUCUCUUUUCAUUUCUCUUUUUGCAUUUGCUUUUUAGGAAACACAGUCAACCUCCAUGAAUAAGUGUGAAGCUCAUUGGGAGAAAGCAGGAUCUGCUACGGGUUAGUUGGUGACUAAGUCAAGUUUACAGACGUUAACAGGGUUAGGUCCUAAAUCGGGCUCUAUAUUCAACAAACAGUUCAGUGAUCUGUUUGUUUACCCAAACCAUGUGAUUGGUUGUUUGCAGUCAAGGGAGUAUUUCCUGUAGGCUCCAGUUUCUCAUGUUCCCACUUCUGUCUGCUCUCCGUCCUCAUGGUUUCAUGUUUGAGGCAGUUUGAGGCUCUCCUUUGGAUUUAUGUUUGCUCCAUCAGUCACAAGCUGUAACUAUGAGAGCAUAGUGCAGGUUUUUCCCUUUAAAUCGCCUCCAAUUUGAGCUCAUUGAUCAUUAAACAAACUAGAAUGACUCGUAACGAGGGCUGGGUUUAAAUGUUUGACUCUCUCCAUAAAUCAAUGUUGAAUUGAUCUUUACUUAGAAAAUACAUCAUCAAUAUAUCAAAUUUAUAAAUCGAAUUUCCCUCAGAAUAAUUUCUUUGGAGUUGGAAUUGCAGUUAGUAUUUUUUUUUCACUUUAAAUGGAAAAGUGUUUUUUAGAACAAAAAAGUAUUUUAUGAAUUGAAAUUAGAAAAAAUAAAACAAUAAUUUGGAUCUUAUAGAAUCAUGAAUGUCAAAUGUUGAACUCAUGAGUUAAAAUGGACUUUAUUCGGUAUUUUGACAGUGUAGCGAGUUCAUAAACAAAGUUUCGCUGAGAGGCUGACGCUGGGUCCGGUCAGUGAACGACACGCUCAAAAAAAUCAUGACGCUUCACGAAUUUCCUAUUUUGAACUUUGAAUAGUGAAAAAAGGUCAUUAAAUCCAUUCAUUGUAACGUGAUCAAAAAAGAGAAAAAAGCAAAGAAUCAAGAACAAACACAAAAGCGGUCAACAAAAAAAUACAGCAACCCAUCUCACCCCCCCCCCCUUCCAUCUUACACGGGGACAAACCACAGGUGAGUUGGCUGCUUAAUGUCACCGCCCACAAACAUGUGACCCCCCAAGUGGUUACCGCCAAUAAUACUAUAAUCAAAACACAAACAGAAAAACGAUAUUCAUUCACCACAGUUAAUUCAUGGCACCUGCAGACAGGGCUGCCCAGCCCUCCUCUAAAAUGAACUCUUCCAGACUGCUGCUUGAUUAGUUCAUGAUGCCUAUUGAUGCAGAUAUGCAUCAAACACCUUUAGCUUCAAAAUGACUUGAAUUUAGAACGCAAACACAACUGUUGUUCUCAUAGCUGGAACCAAAUUCAGACUUUUAGGGGUUAAUUUUAAACCAUUAAAACAUUAUUAAAAUAGAAUAAUAAUGAUUAGAAAAAAACGUGUCUCUAAACUUGAACACAGCAGAUUGAAGAGCCUCAUUCUUCCAUCCUGUCUUCUGGAAUCCCCGUUUUUCUCUAAGCGCUACGAUGUCGGACACGUAACCUUUCUCUGUUACGCCUCUGAGGUAACAGAAGUGAACGGAGUCUGAACAUACAUGGCAUUUAUUACAAUGGUGCAGAUUUCUCUGAGCUGUUUUUUUAUUUUUUUUUAGGAUUCCAUCUUCCUGCAGGAGAAAUCUCAUGGAUUUGGUUCCCAAUGUUUGUUUUUAUUUGCAGAAAUGAGCAGCAGCGCUUUAAUGAGCACACACUCUUUUCUCCAUUCAUUAACUCUGCAGAAAAAAGAAACGCAUCUCAAAGAGAUACCAAUAUAAUGCAGCUCUUGUUUAAUGAUCAAUAUCUAUAAACAUAUACCACUUAUUUUUGUAAACAGUGGUGAAAAGGCACAAGCCAGUGCGUAUCAAAGUGAGAUUUGGACACACAGGGUCUACGUCUGAUUUGUAAGUCGAUGAAUUUUUAUUUUUGACUUCCCCACGUUUUGUUGUGAUGAAUGUUUUUAUUUUCUUAUCAAACAUUCACAACGGAAUGUAACUGAGAACUUAUACAGUACGUGCGGUUUGUGUGUGUGUGUGUGUGUGUUGGUUUUAGAUAUUGUGUGUUUUCGUUGUAACAUAGGGCCACAGUUUAUUGCUGCAAUCAUCUCUCUAUGAGCACAAAAGUGAACGGUGAGACAAAAGGUGGGAGGAGUUUUGGGUUGAGAUCCGCGGUUCUAGAAGCCGCCUGUCACCUGGAACACGUGGCUCCACAAUCAGACAGGUGCUGACCUUCAGAGAUGCUGUCUGGAGGGGGGGGGGGGCUUUGCACACGUGCAGUUUGUCUUUACCUCACCACCUUGAAGAUACAAAGCACCUCCUAGAUCCAUCCCCUCUCAGAUUGAACCUUCGUCAUUUCACUCCAGUUGACACCAAGAAGUGAAGCGGAGUGCUUUAACUCUGAGGCCGUCUCUGACACUGUGUGUCUUUAUCUAAAGGGUCAGUACUGCCCUGCGUUUGGACUUGCAGAUGACAAAAUAAAGAGGAAAAAACUCUGAGCUGGUAGAUCUAAUGAUGCAGCCACUAAACAGUCAGUAAAGCUCAGCAUAAAGACUGGAAACAAUAAACUCCCCUGUUUUUAACAAUCCAACUGCUUCAUCAUUUACACAUUUUCUGUGAUGUGCCGUUCAUGUUCUCAGCUUUCUCAGCUUUAGGCGGUUGAGAAGCAAAAGUGUGUCCUGUCCCCGCAGAAGGACGGGGGACAGAUGUCAAAUGCAGAUAUGAGAUUACGUUAAAGCGUCCACUCAUCAGGCGUUUGGCUGGAAUUGGAGGAGUCCAGAUGUCGAUGAUGACUCCUCUUCAUCAUCCUUCAAAUCAAAGAGUUCCUUUUCUUUGUGUCUCACCUUCCAUCUAAUACUAAAAAGUCCAAACUUUCAAAAUAAAAGCUCUAAGAGGCUUUUCCUUUGGUUCUCAGCUCAAUAGAAGAAAGUGUUUUUAUAUCAUUUUUUCUGCACCUUUGAGCUGCUGCAGAGAAACUUUGUUAAAAUGACCUUUUAAUUGUUUAAUAGUACUAUUUUCAGCAGGAACUUUAAGCAGAAUGUUUCUUCUGCAUUUAUUCAGCUGCUUUUUCUUACCGUUUCAUCUUUUUCAUUUGAGUUUCCAGUCUUUGUGCUGAGGCUUCAUCAAACUAAACGGACACAAAUGAGGUGGAGAUCUUAUAAAAAAAAUGAAGUAAACUCUAUUUUAAGCAGCUGCAAUGAAACUAUUUCAUCAAUGGGGAUUGGCAUGACAAUCAUAGAUUUUUCUGGGUUUUUUUAAAGAUUGUGAAGUUGUAUUUCUUUUUUUUUUUUUUGAUAAUGCACUUUUUGUCUCUAUUUUCUUGAACAUAAUAGAACCACACCUCUGCCGGUUUUGAUUUUCCCUCCAUUUCUACCAGAACCUCUGUUAGAUUGUCAAGUUCUCCAGUUUAAAUGAAACCGUAUUUUUUCUUCCAGUCAUGUUAUGCUCACGUUUGCUACUUUGUUGCCACACACACUUGUCUGUUUACCGAAUGCCUAACAAUAUCUGCAGAGCAGCCUCACAAACCGAUGUCAACGUUGCUUCAAGUUUUCUGACAAAACUGCCGGGAUUUUCUGUCUUUGUUUUUUUGUUUUUGUUGCUCAGACGGGAUCUAUGCGAUGCCUGUCUCUUAUGGGGGUGGGGGGAGGACAGGCCCCAGGACUGCAGCUGAAACAGGCAGCCAGAAGAACCACUCGUGUGUUGAGCUGAACUGGAGAAAAUCCUGGUUUGCGUGUGCUGUGUCUCGGCUCUUCCAGGUGAAGACUGAACACGCGAGCUGCUAUGCGCUGAGCACAUCGGCUCACGGGGCAAACGGGCUUCAGCAGAACCACGUGGACGAUGACUGGAUCAAUUUACAUGUCUGAGGUUUUGAUUUGUCCUUUGAGGAAGUUUUUGUUUUUCCAGAAAUUGCAACGUAUGUUUUUAAUUACAGCUCCAAUUGCCAGAGAGAUUAUGAUUAUUAUUAUUAUAGUUGUUCUUUUUUUUUUUGGGGGGGGGGGGGGGGGGGGGGGAAUAAUUAUCAAACCUUGUUACAACAUAUGGGGGAGAACUGCCAACAUCCACAACUGAUUGGGCCCUUUUUCCUUUAGUGCUGGUGUUCUGCUGUGCUUGUACAUAAGUCUUCAAUCAUCCCCGCUUCUUGUUUUUUAUUCUGGGGAGGGAGGAUGGGGUUUCCAUGUUGGUCUCCUUCAUGAAACAGGAAGGAGAAAGGAACAGAGUAUUUUGUUAUCGUCCAAUCAGAGGGUGACAGUUUGUAUAUAUCUUAUAGUGUAUAUAUGUGAUGAAAAUGCGUUGGCUUUUUGUGUGACACUACCUUUAAACUGUACUACGGUUCUACAUUCAGUGUUUCAGUGUUGAUAGUAUGUAUUUGGUUUGUUUCUGUCCUUUUUUUUGUCUGUCAUUUCUUGUACUUUUCCCCCUUUUUUCAGUUUGUUUAUUGCACGGUUUAUUGCUUUCAUUGUCCGAUGAGGUGAAACAGCUACUCUUUGUAAUUGUUUAGUGAUGUAAAAUAACUCGUGUUAUUAGACUUGUCGAUACACCGCCCAACCCCACCCCCUUUCCCCAAUAUGCAUGAAUGGCACUUAAAGAAAUAAAAUAUGGUAACUUCACUGUG